UUUGUCGGGAUGGGAGUGUUCACAUUCCUAGUUGUUGCCUUCUAUGUGUUCCUCGCACCUUUUCUUGGAAAUAGGACUGCAAAAAUUACAGUGCUUACACUGUUCUCAUUCACAACAUUUUCUGUAAUUGUUUUAUACAUAAGGUGCACCGCCAUUAAUCCAUCUGACAGAACCGCCUCCAGAAUGGAAAGGGGAGCAAAAUCGCAUGGUAUUUCAAAAUUUAAUUACAAAUCUAUUAUCAGACAGAUCAUUUCGAGGAUUGUCAGGAAGAUAGAACACAAGAUCCUCAAGUGUUGCAUAAGGAGAAAAUACUUGGAUCCUCGGAAUAAUAAUGUUCAAAUGGAUACCAUUUUGCCAUUUUCUCUUCUAAUUAUUGAUGAUGCUGUCACACCACACAUGAAGAAUGAUGACAUCUCAUUUUGCCCUCUUUGCGAUUUUGAGGUUAAAAGGCGUAGCAAGCACUGUAGGACCUGUAAUCGAUGUGUUGAUGAAUUUGAUCACCAUUGCAGGUGGUUAAACAACUGCAUUGGAAGAAGAAACUACACCACAUUCAUACUUCUGUUGGUUUUUACAAUGUUAUUGCUUGUAACGGAAGGAGGAACUGCAAUUGCCAUUUUCAUCCGUUGCUUUGCAAGUAAAAGCAUAUCACUGGAAUUAAAGCAGAAACUUCACACUAAGUUCCCAAAAGGAGUUCUUGGAGCAAUAUCUGUGCUUUUGGCAGCAUUGACAGCCUACAGCUCGGCGGCGCUGUGGCAGCUUUUCUUCUUUCAUGCUGUUCUGAUUCAAAAGGGGAUGAGAACAUAUGAUUACAUCUUAGCCAUGAGAGAAGAAAGCCAAUCCAUGGAUCCCUUCGAUGAUUCUGAUAUGUCUUCUGAUGAUAGUGACUAUGACGACACACCAGAAAAGCCAAGGAUUCUUUCCAGAUUCCUUUGCAAUGGACAUGGAGAAAGUCAGAGCAGUCAAAGGUUAUCUAUUCUUGUUGAAAAAACGUCCACUCCAGCCAAUUCAGAGAAGCCUGAAAUCCGAAUAGACCCCUGGAAAUUGAUAAAGAUGAGCGCAGAGAAAGCAGAAAUGGCAACAGAAAUGGCGAGGGAAAGACUGCUGAGACAGAAGCAAACGGUAUCGGUUUCACCAUUGAAACCAUUGCCACUGGAGAGCAAGAAGGGACCUAAAGCUAAUAACCAGAUAAAGAAGGUGACCGCAAGCUGCGAGAUUACACCAAUUGUCUCAAAUCCAUGGAUUUCAGGCUCCGCAGGUGGGAGAUUCUCCAGUCCAAGGAGAAGAUUUUCUAGUUCGCCAUCACCAAGGCCACAGAAGUAUAAGAGUAACUUUGAUCUCAAAUUGACAGAGGUAUCAAGAGAACUUGAAACUUACAUAUCAAGGCAGGUACUAUGCUCGGUUUUGAAGAAGAGUGGAGAAGAUGAAGCUUCUCCAAGCUAGGAGACAUUUGAAUUUUGUUCUGCAAUUUAUACCUUUGCAACUUUUUCCUGUCCAUAGUUUGAAGUUAGUUUUUUCAGCCUUUGGUAAAGGUUGGACUUUCAGUGAUUAAUGUUCCACUUUUGAAGAAUG